AUGCUGGUUGCCAGCUUCAAUAAUGUAUCCGCUCACUAUGGCUCCCAGAUCGUGCUCGACGGGGUCUCUUUCCAGAUCGACGAGAACGAUAAGCUGGGUCUGAUCGGCAGAAACGGAUCGGGCAAAACCACUCUGCUCAAGUACGUUGACGCCGACGAGUCAGUCACGGUGCGAGGACUUCCUGCUGGAAGACUACAACCGCGUCGUGAGGAGCUGCGCCGCGCCGAACGCGGCCUGGAGUCGGGGGGCCAAGUCGACACGGGUCGGGCGCUCGAUGCCUACCAGAAUGCCCUGGACGCGCACGACCGUAUGGACGGCGAGCGUUUCGUCGAUGAGGCCGGUUCAAUGCUGGCGAGCAUGGGCCUGGAGGGAAAGAAGGCCCAGCGAGUCGGCUCGCUUUCGGGCGGUGAGCAGAACGUGCUCUCCCUGACCCGUGCGCUGCUGGCCAAGCCUGACCUGCUGCUGCUCGACGAGCCCGGCAAUCACCUGGACUUUCACGGAAUGGCGUGGCUGGAAGACUUCCUACUCAGGUUCACGGGAGCAGUACUUGUCGUAUCGCACAACCGGUACCUCCUGGACCGGGUGGCGAGCGGCAUCCUGGAGUUGGAACACGGACGCAUCACCCAUUACGAUGGGAACUACUCGGCGUACCGCGCGCAGCGUCUCCGAGACCUGCUUUCGCAGCAGUCCGACUACAUCGCCAACCAGAAGCGUCUGGCGCGCCUGGAGGCGCUUGUUCACCGCUUCGAGCAGAUCGCGAGGGCAAACUCAGACCCCGCGUGGGGAAGACGUCUGAGGGCCCGUCGCUCACAGCUUGAGCGCGAGAGACGACAAGCGGUGGAUAAGCCGGAGAUGGACACGUCCGCCAUCCGCACCCACUUCGAAUCGGCGCCCACGCGAGCCAACAUCGCGAUCCACGUGCGAGAUUACACGCGGGGGUAUGGCGAAGACAUUCUUUUCGACAAGGCUGAGAUGGAGGUGAACGGAGGCGAGACGGUCGCACUGGUCGGAGCCAAUGGCAGUGGGAAGAGCACGCUGCUGCGCGACAUCGUCGAGCGCGGGGAGUGGGACUCCGAGGACAUUCGCGUCGGUCCCAGCAUGAAGAUCGGGUACUCGGCGCAACAGCAGGAGACCCUGGACGACGACCAGACGGUCGUGCAGCAGGUGCGUGAGGCAGCUCCCAUGUCGAACCAGGCAGCAUUCGGGCUGCUGAGCGCGCUGCUGUUCGAUCACGAAGACAUGGACAAGACGGUCGGAGACCUGUCCGGCGGCGAGCGGAACCGGCUACAGAUCGCGCGCCUGAUGGCUAUGAAGCCUAACCUGCUGAUCCUGGACGAACCGACCAAUCACAUGGACAUCCCGUCCCAGGAGGCAGUAGAAGAGGCGUUGGAGGAGUUCCAGGGUACGCUGCUGAUCGUCUCCCACGACAGGUACUUCCUGGACAAGCUGGCUCAGCGCGUGGUGGAGAUUCGAGACCGUAAGCUGGUCUCGCACCCGGGCGGCUUCAGCGAGUUCUGGAGAGCCACAAGACCGACAGACGGCGGAGUGGUCGGGCGCGUGUCCAGGCGUCGUCGCAGAUCUGCGUCGGACAGGGUCCGCCGGGCGCAUAACCGCCAGGAGCAGGUGGACCUGGAGCGACGUAUACAGGAGGCCGAGGCCAGGAAGCUCAGCCUCGAAGAUGAGAUGACCCAGGCGUUCGCCAAUCGUCAGAUGAGGCAGGGACGCCGCGCCCAGCGCCAGCUCGAAAGGCUGACCGCCGAGCUACAGGACAUGUACGACAGGUGGGUCGAGUCAGGAUAG